UUGUCAAUUUCAGUAAUAACACUAACAUUUCUUUGAACUGUCAGAUAGGUAGGAGAGCGUUUGGGGGUUGGUCGCUAAUAGAACGGCGUGUGUGUUCAUGUUGCCUCAUUUCCUGAGUCUGUCCAAAGACACAAGGAGAUACGGAGACAGUGAGGGAGAGAGCGCCGAAGCGAAAGAGAGCGAGAGAGACAAGAGUCAGGCACAGAGGGGAGGUUGGUUCCUGAUACCAAGACACGGAAAAGCAAGGGAGGAAAACACAGAGAAAAGGCUGGCGGACACAGGGAUAGGGGGAGUGAAUAGGGGAUUAACGUUUAGAGACAUAAUAGGUGUAGCGGAGGAAAGAAGAUAUUACUAUGUUCUUCUGAACCCUAUUCUUUCUCUCUCACACGCUAUCACCACCGGAUUGGACUUCAAAGAAUCGACACCACGUCUACCCUAGACCCCAUGGGUUAACAGAUUUGAUCCAGGAGAGGCUUUUAGGUCAGCUAACCCAAUGAACAGCAACAGAAAGGAGGAUAUGGAAAUCUCGUCCCACUACCGGCAGCUCCUGCAGGAGCUCAACGAGCAGCGGCAGCACGGCAUCCUGUGCGACGCCUGCGUCAUCGUGGAUGGGAAGAUCUUCAAGGCCCACAAGAAUGUCCUGCUGGGCUCCUCGCGCUACUUCAAGACCCUGUACUGUCAGGUGAAGAAAGGGGGGGAGCCACACCAACAGACAACUGUCACUCACCUGGACAUCGUCACAGCAACUGGCUUCAAGGCUAUCCUGGACUUCAUGUACUCCGCCCACCUGGCGCUGACCAGUAAAAACGUCAUCGAAGUUAUGUCCGCCGCCAGCUACCUGCAGAUGACCGACAUCGUCCAGGCCUGCCACGGCUUCAUCAAGGCCGCCCUGGACAUCAGCAUCCGCUCCGAACUGGCCGACGAACUGGCCGACUUUGAGAUUGGGGCCGUCGCCGCCUCCGGGAUCGGCGGAGGCGGCGGUGGAGUGAUUGGUGGAGGUGGGUUAGGAGGGGCGGCGUCAGAAGCCCUGGCGUCCAUCAUGUCGGGACGAAGCUCCUCGCCCUGGUUGGGGAGGCGCACCAGCCCGGCCAACUCGUCCGGCGACUCGGCCAUCGCCAGCUGCCACAGCGGGUACAGCAAAGAGGACCAGGAGCCCAAGAGCCAUGAGAGUCACGACGACGGGGGCCAUGACUCCCAGCCCGCCUGGCCGCACGAUUACCGCCCAGUCACUGUCAAAGAGGAACAGGUCUCUCCUUCCUCCACCUCACAGCCCCGCGACGGGCCUAGGGUUGGGUCAGGGCCACAGGGUGAGACUAGAGGAGGAGGAGGCACGGGCGGAGUAGGUGAGGGGGCCUGGCAGGCUUCGGGGUCAGGACGGAGGAAGAACCGGAAGAACAAGGACACGGUCAGGCACAUUACCCAGCAGGCAGAGGGGGACAGAGACAGUAGGCCUGGCUCUCCGCUGCCCUCCAUGAUGGGCGUGACUGGAUGGGGCUAUAGUGGACAAGACAUUCCAGGUGCAGAUGUGACGGAGCUCAACAACUCAGACAGUCGUGGAGAGCGUCUCGACUACUUCCUCAAACAGGAAGAGGCUCUAGCAGCAGGCGAGGCCAACUUCCUGGGAGCCAGUGAAUCAGAUGAAGCUGGGGGCGGGACCGGGGGCAUGACUACCCCAUCGGUAGCCAAUCUGAGGGCAGCGUUGAUGAGUAAAAACAGCCUACUAUCGCUACGGGCUGAGAUGCUGGGAGACGAUAACCCUCUACUGUUUGAAUACCUUCCCAAAGGAGGACACUCUCUGUCCCUGAAUGACUUCACAGUGAUUCGGAAGAAGUUUAAGUGCCCCUACUGUAGUUUCUCUGCCAUGCACCAGUGCAUCCUGAAGAGGCACAUGCGCUCCCACACUGGCGAGAGACCCUACCCAUGUGAGAUCUGUGGAAAGAAGUUCACCAGAAGAGAGCACAUGAAAAGACAUACACUGGUCCACAGUAAGGACAAGAAGUACGUCUGUAAGGUCUGCAGCCGUGUCUUCAUGUCGGCAGCCAGCGUUGGGAUCAAGCACGGCUCACGUCGCCACGGCGUCUGCGCCGACUGUUCAGGGCGGGGCAUGGCGGCGCUGCUCGACCACAACGGGGAAGCGGGUGGAGACAUCUCCCCCGAGGACGAGCUGUACCCCGGCGACCACCGCUUCCACGAUGACCAGGCGGAAUGCGACGGCGACGGCGAGGAAGAGAUGGGCGACGAGGAGGGGGGGAAGUGGAAGGACGACUCAGGGAUGAUGAUGGAAGGAGAUGGAGCCAUGGACAAUGACAAGGAGGAGAGCGAUUCCUCGGCGCCUGAGGGCGAACAGCACAAUGGGAGCGAGAAGGAUUUCGGCUGGAUCUCUUAAGGGAUCCCAUUGAUUCUCUGGCCUGUCUGUUGGAGACAGCUGUCGUUACCUUCGCCCGUGGGUGGGCCUUCCCCUGAGUGGGGUACGUGGGCGAUAAUGAUCCUAACCCUAGAAAGCCGCUCCACGCAAACACACACACACACACACACAUGCAAACACACCCACACACGCCAACACACACUGAGCCCUGUGCUGAUGCUAGCACUGCCAUGGCAGAAAUUGAGCGACUGAAAGAAAAGAGAAAGAAAGCGAGGGUCCUUCUGCUUACCUCUCUUGUCUGAUGACGUUUUUUUCCUCUUUACUAUGUUUAUUUCGGGCGAGGACCAGACCAGCUUCUGUCCUCUGGUUUAGAUGUUCACCUCUUGUGACGCCGGGACCCAGGAACAGUCACGCGAUGUCUCGGGUGGAUUCAAAUCAUGUGGUCACCGGUCGUGAUGGAUACAAGAAGUCGUCAGGAGGCUGGGGAAUUGUUGCCAUGCGGUCCUAUUUCAGGACAGUCUCUUGUCUUUCGGGGGGGGGGGGGGGGGGGGGGGGGGCGUAUUUUACCUAUUGCUAAGCUGCACGCGUCAGGCAACGGUUGGCACGUUGUCUCCUGCAGACAGAAACUGCCACAGACUUGCACUUUACUGUCGACUAGACUCCUGUCAGUGCCCUCAACCCGUGGUUUACAUUUUCAAUCUGAUUUUACCUACACAACUCGGUGACCGCACCUACCUUUAAGGAUAUCUCCUAAUGACUGUUAUGCUAUAUAAAUAUAUGGAUAUUAGAAUACGUGUGCAAAGUUUGAUGAUUAUAAUAGCUUACGCCUUUCAGUGGGUCCGUUCUCCUCUGCUUAAGUUUACCACACGUUUCUGUUGAGCCGGAAUGAGAAUGAUGAAAGGUUGAGCAAACAUCUAACCUAACGUGCCACAGGAAUUCUGUUCGAUGGCGUAAGAGAGAGAGAGGGGGCGCACACGAGUGAGAAUUGUGCUACAAAGGGAGAGAGAGGGAAAGAUGGGAGGAUAUACAGCGUGAACACUAUGCAGGAACAUAAUGUCUCCAUUUAGAUGUAAGUGUUCUUAGUUAACCAACUUUCGGAGGGAGGACAGGUCUUUACUACAGAUACUUACUUUCAGAAAGAAGGAGAGAAAAGGAGAGAGACAAUAACUGAAAGAGAGUUUGAAAGAGGCUGUCUUGUCCAAAGUGAAUAAAUGCCUCUCUUCUUCCCUACAGAUGCUAUAUUGUAAUUCGAUGUCCAUGUUGUCGCAGGAAUGUUCCCGUAAAAAUUGCAAAUGUGCAGUGCAUUCAUUGUAGAAAAAAAACACAACACUUUCAAAUACUGAUUUGCUUUAGCAAAAAAUAUGAACCCCUACAAAACAUUUCCAUGAAUUGAAUACAGAUAGUAAUUCACAUUUCCUGUUGCUGCAGGAUUACUGGCCUGCUGUUUCAAAUUAAGACACGGCAUCUGUAUUUGUCCUGUCCCCUAACAUAAUGAGUGGAACUGUACGUGGGCCAGUGGGAGACUGAAUACAAUGGAGACGGGUCAAAAAUAAUACAAGCACACUAUUUAUCCUUUCAAUAUCUGGCUAUGGCUUACAUUCCAUCUUUCUCACCCCUUUUUCUCUCACACAUCGUAUCUCUGUGCAGCUGUCCUGUCGAGAAGCAGACUUUCUUGGAAAAAAAUAGAAAAGCUGUGUCUUUUUUUGUACAUUUGGAUACUGAAUAUGCAUACUUUUACAUCUUAGUGAACCUAAAGUGUGGUUCAUCUUUCUUUUUAGUUAUGACAUUUAUUUCAGUUUGUAUAGUUAUAAAAAGGCUUCAGGGAGGGGCCUGGUCUGUGGCUUUUAUGACGCUUGGUUUUUCAUUUGAAAAGGUUAUUUAUUAAAAUGCAUUUUUUGUAGUUUAAUUAUUAUACUAUAAAGACAUUCCUUUUCACUCCGUUUAAUGCCAUCUGUUGGUAUAGUGUGUGUGUGCUUGAUUGGAUGUGUGUGCGUGCGUGUGUGUGUGCACAUGUGAGAUGUUUCUUAAAUUUCUUACAGUUAUUUCCAUGUGCGCAACAAUAGAUUUAAACAUUUUAAGAAAGGCAGAUCACAUCUUAUGUUGAUCAGAAGUGUGUUUAUUGUGGUUCUGAUUAUAUUAUUAUUAUUAUUAUUAAGUGCUGGAUGCUAAGCUUUAUUGUGUGUUUCAUUUGAAUAUUUUAUAUCUUGUAUAAGAAAGAAAGCUUUUAUAUUUUGCCUUGUUGUGGACAGCAAGCCAUAAGGCUUUUCUGAACAGCUCUAUCGUGCCAGUUCUCUGCUACUAGUUUUGCUUUUGGUUUUACAGAGGAAAAAAAGACAGAAUCUGAGGUAGAUAUGGAUAAGAACGUAUACGGUAUGAACCAUGCUUCUAUAUUGCUAACGUACACUAAUUGAUUUACACCAAAAACAAUCUAUUUUGUUGUAUCAAGUGCUUUUGUUUCUACGGUUCGCGUGCAGGUGCAAAUAUUUUCAAUUAAUUGUGGUCUAAUAAUUUUGUUGUUGUUUGGAUGCUGUUUUUUUUUUUAUCUAUCUUUUUCUUUUUACAGCUUUCAAAGCGCACAUGUUGUAUGUGCAUUGUAUACAUGUAUAUGAAGGGCCUUCUGACCUACUAGUCUAGAACUGCUGGAGAUUUGCAUCUUUAAUCCAUACUGUCUUUGUUUUUGUGGUUUCCCAAGGUGUGUUCUACUGUAUCUAUCCUAAUUCCAAAUCGACCACUGGCCUCAAUUCCCUAUGCACUUUGAUAGGAAAGAUGAUAGGUUAGGUGUUAGUAACAUGAAAUAAUUUCAACCUGUCCUACAAGAGGUCCUUUCAGAUCUAUGACAUAUUUUGGCUAGUGUGCCUGAACGCUCUAAAGGAAUAGGAACAGAAUGGGCCACAGUGGUGCCUCUGGGAAUUGUAGUUUUGCCUCAGGUGGUUACAAACCUGGUCGUCUGGUACACAUCAAUUCACAUCAGCCCCAACCCUAGACACUGUAUCCAACGGGCACUGCAUGUGUGUUUUUGAUUUUGCCGAUUCAAGAUGCCUUCUCCACGUGUGUUGACUAGCUUUAUUUCAUUUUGAUUAUUUAUUGUCAUUCUACCUACCGUCUGCAAUUUCAAACCUCUUGAAGGUUUUUAGAAGGGAAACGGAUGGCGUAGAGUGGAUAUUCUGAAUGUUAAUGGCUGAAUAUGAUGGGAUUUUCCAGAGUUGUGUUGUAUUCGGAUAGAGGUUUGUAUCAGUGCUCUAUCUCUGUCCUCCACCCGGUGCUUCUUCAGUCCAGACAAUUUUUGACCAACGAGAUGUUAUUACCCACUUAUUAUCAUUGCCUGCCUGCCUGCCUGCCUUCGUCUUCUUGUCUUGGGUUGUAAUUCAGGAAACAUUCGCCAUCCACUCCCCUCAACAAUGUGCCUCGAUACAUUUUACCUUUGUCUGCGUGUGUUUCAAGCGAUAGAAACGGAAAUCAUGUACAGUAUUUUAUCUCAAUCCCAGGUGCAAAAAAAGUUGAGUAAAGACUGUUUCCGGAGAGACAAAUCAAGCUGUGUGUUUUAACGUUUCCAUUUCUGACAGUUAAUUAACCUUUGUGCCCUGUUUUUUUUUUUUCAUGGUGUUAACAUGCCAUUGUCAGUUUUGUCAUACCAAAGUCUCUAGCAUCUGCAUAUUACUGGUCCAUUUCACACCAUGCACAACUGGAACUGUCUUUAGCAGAUCAAUAUGGGUAUUCCCUUCUUAGAUGUACAAAAUUGCAAUCCUGAUUUAGCCUGUAUAGCUUGAUUCAUAUGUGCAAAUCACAAAGCCAUAGAUAUGGUCAUAUUCUAGAUUAUACUCUAUUUGAAAAUUCUUACUUUUAUUUUAGAAUCUGUUCUUUACUAAGAGUGUUGUGUGUAUUCAUUAUAUAUAAAUUUACAUUACUAUAUUAUUAUAUAUUAUUUAUUUUCUCCCACGUUUCGUAAGGUGUCUUUCGUUUCUGAAGUGAGACACUCGAAACUUGACAGUUCUUUGUUGGGAAUCUUGUUCCAUAUGAUACUGACUUUAUAUUGAUUAUCAUAAACCUGUGUUUGUAACGAAGAUGUGGUGAAUAAUCAAAACCUUGUUCUGUUUGGGAGGGUUAAAGCGGGCAGAUCGUCUGUAUAUGAUAGCACCGAUUAAUUGAGCGUUUUUAUAACCAAACACGAACUUCCCAAACGUCCUGUUGUGGGGGCUAGCCAAAACGGCUAAGCCAGACCUGUUUCUAACUUCAUGUUUUGUGGAAUUAGCUGAACUAUUAUUUGCAAAACCAAUCAGUCUCAAUAAAUUUGGAAAUUGCUGCUGAAAAGAA